GACCCACAGACACACUUGGACGAUUCCUGCAGAAAUCAGUGAGGCAGUCUCCUCCCAGGGGCUCGGCACCUGGCUCCAGAGGCAAGGCUGCUGGCCCAGACGCUGACUGCCCAGUGCCACAGAUAUGGCCAACGGGACCAAUGCCUCUGCCCCAUACUACAGCUAUGAAUACUACCUGGACUAUCUGGACCUCAUUCCCGUAGACGAGAAGAAGCUGAAAGCCCACAAACAUUCCAUCGUGAUCGCAUUCUGGGUGAGCCUGGCUGCCUUCGUGGUGCUCCUCUUCCUCAUCCUGCUCUACAUGUCCUGGUCGGGCUCCCCGCAGAUGAAGAACAGUACCAAGCACCACCAAACAUGCCCCUGGAGUCACAGCCUCAGCCUCCAGCUCUGCAUCCAGAAGUGCCUGCUGUGCCACAGGGAACCCCUGGGGACCUCACAGGCUCAGGCGAGUUCAGUGGAGCCAGGGAGCAGAACUGGCCCUGACCAGCCGCUACGACAGGGGAGCGCCUCCACCUUGCCCCUUGGGGUUUUCCAGACCCACCCCACUCUCCUCUGGGAACUGACCCUCAAUGGGGGUCCCCUCGUCAGGAGCAAGCCCAGCGAGCCUCCCCCUGGAGACAGGACCCCUCAAUUGCAGAGCUGAUGUCAGCAGAUCGUGGCCAUAGCUGAGUGAACUGGUGAAAUCAAGCCAACCUGGACACCUCCAUUCUUUGUUCUUCUUAGAGGCUGUUUGCAUGUCGCGGAAAGGGCACCUACAGUCAAGUGCGACGAGAGCAGGAGCAUCCUAUGCCUUUGACAAAGAUUGCAGUGGUCCCUCGAGGGCAGAGGUCAUCCCAGGUGUUGCUGAUUUUAUUGAGCACACUUAGCCCGCUUGCUUAUGGCUUGUUUGCUUAGGGAAGAGUAGGAAAAUAAAAUAUAUGUAAAUCCAGA